AUGGAUCGGUUGCUGGCGGUGCUUCUCGGGAGCCUCGUUGUGCUGGGCCAGACGUGCGCCGGCUACCACGACAGCUUCUGGUACGUGUUCGCGCUCACGAUCAGCGGGACCAGUCUUGUCAUCUCGCUCGUCCUCCUGAUCCUGUCGCGGACCAGCAGCGGAAAGGCACAGGAGCUGAUGUGCGUGUCUGCCGCGGUCCUGGCGUGCCUCUGGCUGGUGGGCACCGCGUUCAUGACGGUGAAGGCGCCCUACGUCGUGACCGGGAACGGUUAUUUUGGCUCGUGGGUGGCGCUGAUCUUCUCGUGGCUACUGGCGGUCGAGCACUCUCCGUCCCUGAAGGCUCCUCUGGACGGUCUGGUCGCGAACGGCGGGGUUAGUGUUGCGAUGCUGACCCUGGCCAGCCUCGUGGUCUUCUGCCAGACGGUCUGGCAUGUCAUCGACCACCAUGGCGUCGAUCAUUUCGAGGUCGUCUGGGUCUUGGUGUGCAGUGGUUUCAGCCUGUUUGUCUUGCUGCUCCUCCACGUGCAGUCCGUGAGCGAGAAAAUCAAGAACCACUUCACCCUGAUUGCAGUAUUCCUCUUCCUGUGGUGGAGUGUUGGCUGGUUCGUUGCUACUUUUGACUUUCCCUAUCGGCUUACGGGCAACGGCUUCUUCGGUUGCUGGGUCGCCUUGUUCUAUGCGUUCGAGCUGGCCGACACCGCGGGGGGCCUCGGGCUUCAGCAGCGUGCCGAGAGCACUACCAGGAACAUCCCGCGAGCCUUGCUUGGCGUCACCCUGGGCUCUGCCGUUGUUCUCGUGGCAAUAACCUACAAUGGCUGCUGGGGAUCUCACCACUCCGGCUGGUGCUCGUGGGCCUUCGUGUGCUCCUGCAUCAGCCUGGUGGUGUGCGCUUUCCUGUGUAUCGUGAUGGCGAUCGGGUCUGGCAGCAAGGUCGAGGGAGCCCUUCCACACGUCGCGGUCUUCCUGCUCUUGUGGUGGACAAUCGGCACAGGCAUCAUGACCUUCGAGCACCCGUUUACCGCCACCACCAACGGCUACUUCGGCGCAUGGCUGGCGGUCGUCUGCUCGGCGGUGCUGUGCCACGACCACGCCCAGAGCCUCCAGGACUUCGUGGGCAGGUUCGGGGAACAUGGGCGCCUCCUGCCCUUGCUGUUCCUUGCCUCCGUGACCCUGCUGGUCCAGGUGCUCUUCGACACCUUCGACGACUGGGAGCACAAGAACCUUCCCGUCGCCUGGAUCGUGGCCGCUGGCACCCUGUCGAUCUGCCUCGUCAUGAUGCUCACCAGAUCGAAGGAGGACAUCGGGAGGAUCCUCAUGGUGGUCAUGCUCCUCCUGUGGGCUGGCGGCGUGGGCGUGCUGACGUUCGACGCGCCGUACCUGCACACCGGCAACGCCUACUUCGCCUGCUGGUGCGGCCUCUGCGUGUCUGCCCUGGCGGUCUGGAGGCUCUACCCCGACGUCGUCCGGAGGGCCAUGCCCGAGGCCGGCGAGCCGCCGGCUGCGGUGGUUGGCGUGUCGGUGGUGUGA